AUGGCGUCGUUCUUCUCCAGCGUUCGCCAAGGCUUCGGCGGACGAUCCAACAAGAACAGCAAUAACCAACCGCCGCCGCAAGCCAAGGGCAGCGCCUCGCCCACCAUGUCUUACCAGAACUCCCCCCAGCAGUACCCCAGCCAGCCCCAGCAGCUGCCUCACUCGCCCGCAAUGGCUCCCGCUGCUCCCAACGAGAGCGCUCCAAUCGAGGCCGACCGUUCUCAGUCGCCUCAGAACAGGAAGCCUCCGUAUUUCUUCCGCGAAGAGUACUCCAACCUCAUCGUCAAGGGCAACUUCAUGACCCUGGCUGCGCGGCCCAAGAUGGUUGACGAGGGCGAGUGGCUUGCUCACCAAGUUGUCGAGCAAUACCGUCUUCUGGACGGCAUGAUUCAGAUCAUCAAGACUCUGGAUGAGCGGACGGGUCGUCCUAUCUGCAACCCGGACACUUGCCCCACCAUGUCUGCAGCCGGCCACACCUACACCUGGUUGGAUAACAACAAGAAGCCCAUCAAGAUCCCCGCCUACCAGUACAUCCAGCUGGUCCAGAAGUGGAUCGUUGGCAAGAUUGGCGACCAGAACCUCUUCCCUGUGGAUACGUCGAUACCGUCCCAGCCUUCCGGCACCUCCGCCGCCACCUAUGCCUCGGGAGGUCUGAACACCCCCGGCUCCAACAGUCCGAUUGCUGCCGGCCCGACCUCUCUCAACGCUCCGCUUUCUCAACUUUCCGGCGACGAGUGGAUGGGCAAACCCGCUGGAUUCCCCAAGCACUUCAAGGACGACAUCAAGUCCAUCUACCGCCAGAUGAUGCGCUGCUACGCUCACUUGUACCAUGGCCACUGGCUGGACCCUUUCUGGAACCUCAAUGCGUACAAGGAGCUCAACACGUGCUUCAUCCAUUUUAUCAACGUCGGCCAGCAGUACGAUCUGCUCAGCGACAAGGAGAUGGAGCCCAUGAUGCCGCUUAUUCAGCUGUGGCUGUCCAAGGGUCUCCUCCCGGAGAAGCAGGCCGAUGGAACCCAAGCACCUUCCAGUAGUUCGCAGCCCCAGGAGGGUCAGCCUGCUGCGGCUUAG